CACAAGAGAUGGAUGCCUGUGAAGUUGAUAAUUCCAUCCAUGUUUGAAAUAGCUUGUUCAGUUUUUUGUCUCACGGACAGGGAGAUUUUCAGAUUCUUGAAAUUUUGCUUAAAUAAAAAAGAGUAGCAUGCAGGAAGGUGUUACUCUUGUAAUAGUGAAACACCCGUUGGAGGUUUUGGUUUACUGUAAUAUAAUGACUAUUCAAUAAAAUGAAGCAAAAACCAUGUGAAAUGGACAGGGGGAAAUGCGUUUAAUCUAGUGAAUUGUUUAACUGGGGGAACCUCCGGUCCCAGGUAUGCCGUUUAUUUGGGGAGGUAGGUUUUGGUGUCUGUGUUUGCUGAUAGUUACACUAGUUGGAAAUGACCCAGUGAACUCUAAACUGCUAGGUCUUUGGAGUGUCUAACCUUUUCUUUUUAAAACCACUUUGGCACUAUUUUAAUUGAUUCCAUCCCUGGCCUUUUCAUCAGUUCUCUCCUAGCCAGGAAAAAAACUGGGCUUUUAAAGGCUGCUGCAGUACCAUGGGACUUGGUUCAGUCUUGCAGACUCUUACUUUAACCUGAAGUUAUCUGCCAGUCAUCACUAUUUGUUUGUGAAGCUGUAACCACCUCAGCGUCAUCUUUGGGAUGAAAAUCCUGCCACAGUUACAGCAAUCAAUACAAAUAAGCGGAGGUGCACCGUGUAGUUGGCUUGUGUUGCUAAUCAUCCUUUCACCUUCCAAGAGUUUCAGCUGCUGACUGGCUGUGUGUGUGUGCUGCAGCAUUCCCAGCCACACUGAUACUGUGCUGGCUGCACUGAAGUCGAUAGGGAGCAGUGAGGGGCUAAGGCAGCUGGUUGUUGUGCUCCAGCAUCCACGUUCUGUGCUUGCAGGAGUGUUGGCAAAGGGAUCUUCUAUAAGAUUCCUGCCCUAAAAGAAAACAUCUAGGUUUAUCGUUGUUGGUUUUCUCUUCUUUUGUUUCUCGUGUACUCAUGCUGACUUGCCAAAUGUCAGGUCCUUUUUUGUGCUUCUGUCUUUCCUUGCAUUUAAACUGUGUGCUGCCAGAAAAUAGGCAAGCUUUAUCCAUCUGUCCAUCCAUCUAUUUAUUUAUUUUUAGGUUAGUAUCAUUGUAACUUUAGUAUUAAUUCAAAUAAUUUAAUAGUAGCAGGUUUCUAUGCAAGAAAAUAAAACAAUACACUGCUGCUCUUUAAUCUUGUCCCAUCCCACAGUCCUGGCUAUAAAAUCUAACUUAGAGAAUUCUUCCCAUGAUUUAGAAUGUUAUGUACUUUCUUGUGAGGGUGAUUUUCUGAAAAUACAAUUGUUUCAGCCACUAGGCUUUCUUGGGGGGCGGUUUUGUGGGUUGUUCUGUUUCUUCUGUUAAGAAUGAUUGGCUCAUUCAGACUGUUUACUGGAUAGUAGCAAGUAACUUAGCAAGUGUUGUGCUGGGUCCUGGUUUUAUCCUGUGUAGGGAAGGCAUGAAGUGUCACUUGUUUUUCGUUUUAGUUUCUGUGACUUUAGCAAAGUGGAGGUGCUUAAAUUAGAAGACUUGGAUAGACAGAGUUCCACAUCCACUGAGUGAGUGAUGAAGUGUCAGGGGGCAAGAUCGCAGUCCUGGGAGCCAAAGCUUGGACUGCUUGCCUCCAACUCAGCAGUUUGAAACAGCAUAAAUAGAUACCUGCAAGCGGUCAUUUGUGGGGCCUGUGACAGCUGACUGCCAGUGUAGUACAGCAGUGGGAAAAAAAGCAACUUUCAUUCUUGGUACAUAUAAAGCAGGGUUUCCACCACCUGGAAAUGUAAAUUUCCUUGUAUGUGUGUGAUGCGGGUGAGAGGUUGGCAGGAGCGCUGGAAUAUGGUGCAGGAUUCUGGUUGUGGGUUUUUGAAGAACAGUAAGUUAGAAAGAUUAACAAAACAGGAGGGACAGGCACAUGAGAACCCUAAAAGAAUGUGCUUCUGAAAGCCAGGAAAAUGAGGUCUGAAGGAGGGAAGGUAUGCUCUCUGCAUGUACAUUGGAGUGUGAGCAGCGUCGGGGGGAAAGGAGUAGGCUCAUGGACAACAUUAGCACAAAACCAGAUGAGUGUCACUUGUUGUGGUAUUGCUGAAUUUAAUAUCCUGAUUGAGUUCCCUCUUGCGCUUUCUGAAACAAACAGCAGAUUUGUGCAGGUAAGGCAAAGGAUGCUUCUCGGCUCACCGCCAACGCGUUGCUCUUAGUGGGACACUAAUAUUUCCAAAUCUCCAGUACGUAGAGAUUUCCUUAAGAAACACAAGCAUGCAUUUGUGUCUUUCUGAUUUCCUUGGUCCAUUUUCUUCUGGAGCCACGCCACUGGUGGACCAUUUUCCCCAGGCUGCUCAGUGAGGCUGCUUCUGGUGGAAGUGGUGGUCGUGGCAGAUGGCCUGUGAUGGGUAGCCGUGGCCUCUUCAUCUACGGGCUCCAGCUUCUGAGUGUUGAUGGGCAAUGGUUAGCCUUCCACCUUCGGCAUCCCCUGAAGCUGCUCCUGUUUUUUCAUGCAUGUUGUAAUUCACUUUUAAGCCUACAGAAGUGUUUCUUCUUGGAAUGAGUUUUGUUGCAGUGCCGUGGGUGUGGGCUCAGCAGACAAACAAGCUGAGUUUCCAUGGGGUGAUCCUGGGGGAUCUAAACGUUGGGAGUGCCAAGUUGGACUCAUUGGAGGCUUUGUGGCUGAUCCUGCAGCCCUGGGGAAGGCAAAGCUCCUGUGAAGUUGAAGGAAGAUUUCCUGGAAUGAACAUAGCAGCUGAUGGCUUAUAGCAUACUCUCAGCUUUUAAUGUUGAGAUCCUGGCUGCUAUGUGAGUGCAGGUGUAGCUAUGUGCCUUGUACUUGUAAAUCAGCUUGGUUAUACUAUGGCUUUGCUGUGUAGCAGUUGGCACAGAGCUGCGAACAAAAGCGAUCUGUUAGUGGAGCAACCCAGAUCUGUACUGUCCUCUGGAAACUCGCAGAGCUAUUUCAGGCUGGGCCGGACUCUUUCACCACCGGGAUCAUCAGAAGGCCGGGCUGGCGGCAGAGUGCUCGCUUCGGGGGGGAAGCCAGGUGCCUGCUUGUUCCGACCCAGCAUGGGUGGGUCCUCAAGUGCUGCGCUUCAGGAAUGUAAAGGUUAUGUGCCUGCUACACUUCAAGCUGCUUCAGAGUGCUUAGAAUACAGGAGCCUUUAAAGGAGAGCCCCAUGGCAGCACUCCUUGUUUUGUUUGCUCCUGUUUCUGCCUGCGUGGUCUUCUCAUUUUGAUGCAUCACCACUAGAAAUAGCUCUUUUGCAGUAAGGACAAUUUUAAAUGUUUGUUUCUCUAAAAAUUCCCAAAUAACUCAAAAUGUUCCUCCCAAGCUGCAUCUGUCCCUCAUCACAUGCUGUUCCUUCCUCUUCUGUGUUUUCCCAAUGCUCCAGCUUAGCAUAGCCUCAGCAAGCAAUGGAAAACCUAACACUGGGAGCGAGAUGGUGACACAGUGACCUCGUUCUGAGCAUUACUUUCUUUGUCAGGAGCAGCAGAAGCUGAGGCAGCUCCGCUGGCUCUCGGCACUUGGAGCGGUUUGACGUUUUCUGCCUGGCAGGGUUUCAGGGCUCACUUUGUUGUGAGCCCAAACGGUGAAUGGAAUGAUGAAAAACGAGCUUGCAAGAACUUGUCCACUGCUUUUAAUUUUUUGAUAAACAGUUGCAGCAGCGCAACUUUGAUCCAGUGUAGAGUAAUGCUGUCUGUUACGUGCAGGGCUGCAGCAUUCUUCAGGACUGACAAAGGAGAGUGAUGUAUCACCAAUCAGCAUGUCUCCCAUCAGUCAGUCACAGUUUAUUCCACUUGGGGAAAUCCUUUGCCUGGCCAUCUCAGCAAUGAACUCUGCCCGUAAACAAGUCACACAAGAAGCACUAAUGGAGCACCUAACAACCUGCUUCCCAGGGGUUCCAACACCCAGUCCAGAAAUACUUCGACAUACCUUGAAUAUGCUUGUACGGGAGAGGAAAAUAUACCCAACUCCAGAUGGUUAUUUCAUUGUAACCCCGCAGACUUACUUUAUAACACCAUCUCUCAUAAGAACUAACAGUAAAUGGUACCAUUUGGAUGAGAGAAUACCUGACAGGUCUCAAUGUACCUCUCCGCAACAAGGAACUAUCACUCCCUCCACCUCGGGAUGCGUCAGGGAUAGAACACUACCCAAAAACCACUGCGACUCCUGCCAUUGUUGCAGAGAAGACAUGCACAGCAUGCAUGCAUCUACCCUACAGAGGAAGUCAGCAAAAGACUGUAAAGACUCAUAUUGUCCUCCUUCGUUAUGCCAGGUCCCACCCACUGAGAAAAGUAAAAGUACUGUCAAUUUUUCUUAUAAGGCAGAGACACUCACAAAGCCUAAGGAUGUAGAAAAGCAGUCUAAGAAAUUUGGACUUAAAUUAUUCCGAUUAAGUUUUAAGAAGGACAAGACAAAACAGUUGGCAAAUUUCUCUGCCCAGUUUCCUCCAGAGGAGUGGCCACUGAGAGAUGAGGACACCCCUACCACUAUACCUAGAGAGGUAGAAAUGGAGAUUAUCAGGCGCAUUAACCCAGAUUUGACUGUGGAAAAUGUCAUGAGGCACACUGCACUAAUGAAGAAACUUGAAGAAGAAAAAGCUCAACGAAGCAAAGCAGGAUCUUCAGCUCACCACAGUGGACGAAGUAAAAAAAGUAGGAAUCACAGAAAGUCUCAUGGGAAAUCGAGGUCACACAGCAAGACUCGGGUAUCCAAAGGAGAUCCAUCAGAUGGCUCUCAUUUGGAUAUACCUGCUGAAAGAGAGUAUGAGUUCUAUGAUCCCUUGACUCGAUCCCCAAGGGAAGGCUGUUUCAUAAUAGAACACAAGGGAGAUAAUUUUAUAAUGCACAGCAACCCUAGCAUGAUUGAAUCUCACUUUCCCAUGACACCAGAAUGGGAUGUGUCUGGUGAGCUGGCCAAAAGAAGAACUGAAAUGCCUUUUCCUGAACCUUCCAGGGGGAGCUCCCACUCCAAGGUCCAUCGGAGCCACAGCCAUACACAGGAUAGACGAUCGAGAAAUGAGCGGUCUAGUAAGGCUAAAGAAAGGUCUAGAUCCAUGGAUAACUCCAAGGGACCUCUGGGCUCGGCUACUUUGGGCACACCUGAAGACAUGGGUGAAGGCUGUAGCCCAGAUGACCAAACAACUAGCCAAACUUACGUUGAUGAUAGUACUCUAAGGCCGUCUCAGUCACUCAGUCAUCAAAGGGCUCUGAUUUCAUCUGCAAGCUACAAAGAGACUUGCAUCCCUGAAAUAGCUAGCGGCAGUGUAGAAACCCCCAGUUCCUGUAGCCUGUUGGAACAAAAGCCUACGGAGAAUUUGCCGUCGUAUAGUGAGCUCAACUCCUGCACAACAAAAUCUGCAGUCGAUGACUAUUUCCAGUGCAACACGUCCAGUGAGACUGUGCUUACUGCUCCGUCACCACUGGGAAAGAACAAAGAGGAUCAUGACACGCUGACAGGGACAGAUGGGCUCAAAAAAAUGACUCCCUCAGAAAGACAGUCUCAGCAUGUUGCCAGGGAGCCUGGGAUGCACAAAGAGGAGUCCCCAAAGGGCCCAAGCGGCAGUUCAGCAGUUGUUGGCCAGACUCCAGAGGUGAUUGCAAAUGGAAGGCUGGUUCAACACCACAGCGCUGAAUCAAGCAGCCUUGAUAAAAGGAAAGAAAUAUUUAGCAAGGAUACACUCUUCAAACCUCUGCACAACACUCUUUCUGUGAAUAGUUUCCAUAAGUCUAGCGCACCCCUGCUAAAGCCCCAUCAAAAGACCCCUUCUGACACGUUGCCAGUCAGAUGUGAGAAACUUGAACAAGCGAUAGUAACCUCAGUCACACAAGUCAUGCCUGUCUCACAGAGACAGCAAGAGACAGCUGGGAACCAGGAGGCCUCUUUUGACUACUACAACGUAUCCGAUGAUGACGACUCAGAGGAGGGAACCAACAAAAAUGCUGAAGAAGAGAAGAACAGGGAUGAUGUUGGCACAAUGCAGUGGCUCCUAGAGAGGGAAAAAGAGAGAGAUCUGCAACGAAAGUUUGAGAAGAAUCUCACUCUUCUCACCCCAAAAGAAACAGAAAGUAGCAACAACCAGAGAGCCACUCACUCGGCCCGCCUGGACAGCAUGGACAGCAGCAGCAUUACUGUGGACAGCGGGUUCAACUCUCCACGUACUCGUGAGAGCCUGGCAUCCAACACUUCGAGCAUUGUUGAAAGCAACAGACGUCAGAACCCUGCUCUGAGCCCUGCGCACGGCGGUGCGGGCCCAGCGUUCAGCUUCCGAGCCACCGCAGACCCGCCAACAAGCGAAGCUGAGAAACUGCAGAAACCAGCUAACUGCCUGCAAGCUUCUGUCACUAGUGUCUGAUAGUCAUCCUGCCUCAGAAUUUCUGUCUUAUCCCGUACAGCAAAGUUUACGACACUGGGACUGAUGUUUACAUCUUUGGGGAGAAAAAGCAUCUCAACCACAGUUUUAGUGUUUACUUAAACUGUGCUGCUAUGUAGACUAGGGGCAACAAAUAAAUCUUUCUUUCGAGGUAUUGCUUUUCACAUUUGCGGCUCUGUAGCAACAGAAUAGCAGUAGGGAUAAUAUGUACACUUUUUGCUUCACUUAAUUGUAACUGAGCACAUAUAUGAAAGUCUAGACACUGUAAGUGUAAUCUGCAUUUUCAAUGUCCAUGCAGUUGCCAACUUCAUUUAAAAAAAAUGCCACAGAUGUGUGAUGCCCCUGGUCAGAAGCUAAACUCUGCUGCAGAGUUGGUUUCCUUCAAAAAUUGAGCCAGUGCUGAAAGUAACCAGCCAGGAUCACCGCGAGGAAAAACGAUGCCAAACGUGACGAGUGAUGACCUCGGCUCUGUCUGUGAGUUAUUAAUACCAGUCAGUCAUUUUCACUGUGCGUUUUUGUGACACAAUUUUGCAAAUACCUGUUGAAGUGAAUAAGAAGAGGUUCUUUUUUUAGAGUGCGGAGGGUGGGGAGGGAGAUGGCUUUCCCUUUUGUGUUUCAAAAGUGUGAGAGAUGUUUAUGUACUGAAGCUCACUACGUGACCUUCCACAGUCACAAAUGGGGAGGUAGGCCUUUGCGUAGAGGGGGGAAUGGGGAGGGAAGGGAAAGUUAUAACUGCCGUAGAGCCGCAACACAGAGUGACACAAAAUAUAGCAAAUAUCUUCGGUGUACAUCAAGUGAUUUAAAAAGAUAAUCUGAUUCUUGUGUCACUUCUGGUAUUGCAACUUGCCAUUAAUGCAGGAACCAGAAAAAAUCUAAUUUCAUUGAACAAAAAUAUUCUUUAUGAUAUAAAUGACAAGUAUGGCCUGAAGAACUGAUUUCUUUCUAGUGGAAGGACAUAAAUCUAUUUUAUGUAGCUUAUUAAAUAGAGUGCCUAAAUUAGGCUAUUAAAAAUAGCAUACAGUGUAGUGAUUAUCAGAGAACAAAAUUUAGAGAAUUAUAAACUUCUGGCCUUUUUAUUCAGUGGAUGUUAUUUGCAAUUUAGCAUUUUAUGGACAUGUUUAGUUUCUAGAAAUUAAAUGUGUCCGUAUGGUGGGCACUAGAAAUCUGAAUCCUGUAGGUAUGGUUUAUCCUAAUUGCUCUCCUCUAAACUGUUACUCCAGAGUAAUUCAUACCACGCUAAUUACUGCAGAGUAACUUCUAAGGAUAGUUGAACUUCAAGAAUAAUUUUGAGGUGUAGGGUCACAUUCUGCUCUGUUCCUCAUGCAACCUGGUAGUGCAACAAACUGACUUCAAAAGUAGUUUUGUCUUCGUUUUUUAUCAGAACAGACAAAUUGGUGGAAGAAUAGCAAAGAUAUUAAAACGUUCAGCAGUCCAAACUGUUGAAUAGAAAAGGGACAUUUCCACUGUCUAGCUCCUGUAGUACACAGGUAUUAAAACCAACUGUACAUACUAAAAGCCAGUAUUUUCAUCAGGUUCUGGUGACACGUAUUACUCUGUACGCAAAGUCAUUUGAGCUUCACUCAUGUUCUAUAUUCUCAUCAGAAGUCUUCAUUCAAGGUUCAGCCUUACGUUACGCAGUUGGAUAUAGUUCAUUUACUUAUCAGCCGGCUUUCUAACUGGACACAAUCAGUUUCUAAUUCUGUCAAGAACAUCUCUAGUACCCAGUAAAUGCACAGGUCUGCUUUCCUUGGUUUCAAUGUACAAAUUCCAUUUCAUAGGAGCAAUAAGACCUUUCGGUGCACGUGAAGGAAAUUAUUGUGCUUUUGGUUGGUUAUCAAAGUCACUUGGCCUUUAGCCUUCUGCCUUAUCAUACCUUCCAAGAUGUGCUCUAAUGACCAUACAGCGCUUUGCAUGAUGCAUCUUAUUAUUCAGUAUGUAACUCCAGCCGGGCUUACUCCAUGCGAACUGUAGAGUCGGAGUUUUUGUGGGGAGUUGUCAUAUACUAUGCAGUGGCUGACUGUGAUUUUGUUUUCUGAGACAAGCUCUGACAUCAGUAGUAUGUAUCCAUUCAGUAAAUAAAAAUGUCAAAACUUAAAAAAAAAAAAUAAUUACAGCCGAUGAUCUGAAGUACUAAUGGCAGUAUUAGAAUGUGAAGAGCAAAAAUAAAUUUCACCUUUUGGAGAAACGUUUGUCAUAAACUAAUCGGAACUUACGCAGGCAGCUGGUUGUACAGAAGACAUAAUUCCAACAAAAUAUGACAAUACUUACCUACAAACUGUGUAGUAUGUAGUUUCCUAAGGUUCCCAGAGACCAGCAGACAACAUAAAUGUCAUAUUAAUGUUGACGUGGCAUUGUACCAAUAUUAAUGUGACUCUUGGAAUAUGGAAUGUAAACAGAAGUUUCAAAUAGAAACGUUCUAAUCUUGAAUUCCUUUUUUUUUUUUUUUUUUUUUUUUUUUCUUUAAAAAUCAACAGUGGAAUAUAAGGAAAUUCCAUCUUGAGGUUCUGGUAACAAAACCACGAGAGUGGAGCUUGAGUGCUUUAUGUCACCCUAAUCCUUUGAUGAAAUCAUAGCCUUGUAUUACAUGGUUGCUUAUCUAUCAUUCUUCUAAUGUAUCGAUUUAAAGGUUUACAGAGUUAGAUUAGGUUGAAUCUGUGUUGUGUUCAGCUGUAAAGGGUCAACACAAAUCUGUCGGCAUUUUGCACACUGAAUAUGUAUUAUUAUAAUACAACAUGUUACUUUUAUGGUAAUUUUUUUUACACAUAUAACUACCUCCAUGAAUUUGAUGAAAUGCAGCAACAUAAAAGCGUAUUGUACAAAGCAAGGUUAAAAACUUUGAAGCAUUAGCUCAUGGCGUUCUCUUGUGUGUCAGUGCUUGCGUAUGAAGUCAUCGUGUUUCCAUUGCCACGAUUUCCUUUUACAAUAUUAAAAAUCUGUCUUUCAGAUGAGUCACGUAGGACUUUGACAAGGCUGCAUAAUUGGGAUAACGGUGAAAAGGGAGGCUGAACCCUCCCGUCCUCUCCCCAGUUACUGCUACAAUUUCUGCCUGGUAGAACUUGAAAAUGUAUAUGUAACUGAGCAAAUUAGGAGCAUCUACAGUCUGUGAAAUACGAUUGACGGUGUGGGGUUUAAGGGAAGAUGCUCUGGGUAUUUUCUUGGCAGCCUGCAAAUACGCUGGGCCCUAUUCUGCCUCCAUUUUUGCCAACAGGUCAGGUCGUGGUUUCUCAGAGCUGACAAGGGUUAGAAUGGCUCUUCCUUCAGCGAUACACUCUGGUUUCUGGAGUAAGUACAUCAGAACCACUCACUCUUGUAGAAAUGAUCAGCAGCUUUUAAUUGACUUUGCUGGGAGCAGCGUUAGGGACCCUGCUCAAGGUACGCGCCUAUUGUUCAAAGAACGUGGGCGAGUUUCCAAGAAAAAUGAAGCUGGCCUUUGAAAAGUAGUCAGUUGCAACAAGCCACCUUUCAGGAGGGAAAAAGAAAGAUUUUCCAAAAACCAAAGGAAGAAAGUGGCAGCUGAACUUAAACAGAUCAUAUCUAUAUACAAGCCCCGAUUUAUGAACACCUCUUUCAGCAAACCUAGUACUAUUAUCCCGAUGCAAGUUAAUAUACAAUCAUCAGCGGAGCUAAUUUAGCUGUUAAAGUGGUUCAGUUAAAAAUCAUGAGAAGUCAUCCAUUUGACUCCAUGCAUCAUUGUAAAACGUCCAUAAAACAAGCAGCGAUGCUCUCUCAACUUUAAAAUGUAUCAGGAAACAAAUAUUUUAAUGAAAACCACGGCCUAGUGCUUGCCAGAGCAGUCGUUCUUAUAGCAGAAAAUGAGGAAGCCGAGGUCAUGCUUUGCACCCAGAUCACGCCUUCUGGCCCUGGAGCCCUCUGUGCGGUACAGCCGGGGCAGGCAGGCGGUUGGCACCGUCCCUGUCUCAUGUCAGGGCAUGCCAAAAAAAAAGAAAGCAAAGAAAGGCUGUAAUCUGUGGACAAAGUUAUAAAGCAGUUUCUUUCAUUCUCUUCAAAAGUCAUUCAAGUAAGUUCAAUAGUUAACCAAAGUGUUGAUACUCUGAAGUUUUCACGCGGUCGGUUUAAGAGAGGAGCUACUCUGCGGUCCUGCAGGGACUCUCAGACAAGCGGUGCCAAACAGAUUCCAGUCACACAAGUACUGCCAGCAGAGGUUCUAGGAACAAUUUUUUUAAUUAAAAAUUUGUUUUUCGAAUACAUUUCCCAGAGCUUUUCCUAAACACAGUUGUUCAAGUUGUGCUGAGGAAGCAAAUAGCACUCCUGAUCUGGUGUCACCCGCACAGUUUACAAUUCUCUUUGCUCUUCUGAAGAAACUGUACAGUAUUAAGAGAGAAAAGUUCUAUUUUUUACAUAAUUCUUUAAAAGAAAACAAAGUAUAUAUCUAAAGCGUUCCCCCCAACGUAAAUAAAGUACAUGGAUACUGCAUCAGAGUGCUGCGUGGCACGCAGGACCCAACUAAAGCCAGGCUGGUGCUAGAGGAAUCCGGGACUCGCGCUUCUCGUAGCGGCUCCGAGCGUUGGUUGCAGCCCCACGGUGUAAAUCUGGCGGUCACUCCCCACUUCCCCCCUCUCACAGAGAGUGGAAUUGCUCGCUAACUCCAUUGAAGCUCAGAUCUGAGCUGAGGAUUUCCGUAUUCCUCCCCCCAAGACGCUAAAGGCAGAGAAGGAGCAGAAGGCCGCACGCGCACGCCCGGAGGUGGAAGAGAUCCCUGGCGGAGGGCAGCAACCCCGUGCCCGGCCCGGCUGUGGGGCGAGCUGGCAUAGGGGUUGCCUUGGUGUGUGGAGGAGACGUGCGCUGAAAGGGAUGGUAAUUCUGCAGGUAACUUCCUGUGAGUGACUGAAUGUGGCUGUUGCAUUAGGUCUAAAUGAGUUAAUAAAUGCAAGUGGGACUUACUGUAUGUUAGAAGGGAGUUUUGCAGCCAAGACUGCCUUGUAUAAAUGUGUUUGCACUGAAAAAAAAAAAAAUUAAAAAUUACUUGGUCUCUGGUUGCUGUAAAGGUCAUCCAAGAUGGAUGUUCUGUUUAUAUUGUAUAGUAUUUCAUAUGAAAUAAUUACGGUUCAUGAAAUGUCUUCCCUAACGUUACUGAUUUAUAACAGCACAUUUGUAACAUGGUUUUUAUUGUGUCAGUGUACCAUAUUGUAAAUGAUGAUAACUUGUCAUGCUUAGUAUAAUAAUUUAAAGGAAAAAAGGACAGGGAUUUUUGUAAGUCUAUAUUUGAAAGUCCCUCCAUAUGGUAAUAUUGUGUUCAUGUUGUUUAUGUAGUGUUGUGUGAAAUAUCCAUUUUGGAUUGUGUUACUUUUUAAGAUAUUAAAUAACAUUUGGUUA